AUUCCUGGCCCAGGUGAGGCUACAAGAGGAUCUGAGAGCAGCUGGAGCAUCAGCCAGGCAUCCCCGGGAGUCUGGUCCCCAAUCAGACGAGGGUCUUCACGAUUGGGUUCCUCAUCGGGAGAUUGGAGACGGAUGGGAUGGGAGCAGAGCCCGAGAGAGCGAGAGGACCGUGAGAGAGAGCAAGAGCCCGAGGAAAAGCUGCAGGAGAAGCAGCAGCAGCGUGGACUGGUGAUGGUGGAGCAGAGAGACAUAGGGGGCUGCCCAGGGGUCAGUGGGGAAACACGCCUGCAGGGGCGAGACCCUGGGACAGAGAGAACUGUGGUGGUGCAGCCCCAGAUGCUGAGGGACUGUGGGACAUGGGUGAAGUUCCCUGGGGUGAAGCCCCUUGCCCUGCCUAUGGCCCAGAUCCCUGUGCAGACCCAGGAGGGGUUGGGCUGGCUGGUCGUUGGGGUUCUCCAGGAUAUCGGCUGGGAGGCCCUGUUGGGGAGUGACUGUCUCCCCUUGGGACAGGAUCCAGGCCCCGCUCCUGUAACGGCCGAGGGUUUGAAUUCAAAUCCAGGGAACCAAUUGGCUAGGAUGGAAAUGCCGAGGGGUCCGGUUCGCUGUAUCUACAAGCUCUGUUUUAGACCCUGUUCCUGUCAUCGAAUAAACCUCUGUUUUACUGGCUGGCUGAGAGUCACGUCUGACUGCAAAGUGGGGGUGCAGGACCCAGUGGCUUCCCAGGACCCCGCUGGGGUGGACUCGCUGUGGGAAGCGCACGGAGGGGCAGAGGAUGCUGAAUGCUCCAAGGAGAGACCCAGGAGGUGAAGCUGUGUGAGCUUCUUGCCCUGAACAAGUCUGCUCCAAGGGAGAGGAGGCUCCCCAAAGUCCUGACUGGCUUGGUGGGGAGCAGUUCCAGAGCAUCGCCUGGGGACUCC